GUUGACUGUGACCACGAAUACCGUCGCAGAGACGGGUGGGGCCCUCAUUCCUAUUCGUAAAAUAGGUGUAGCCUACUGCGCUCAAAACUCCAGGCUGCAAGUCCGAGCUUCAGUUUCGCACAGUGUGUCUGUCUGUUCUGAUCGCGAUCAUGUUUCGUUGUGGAAUAGCGUAUCCAAGAUGCAGGUGGAUCUUGCCUAUUUUAUUGCUUUUCGCAAUCAUUUUUGAUAUUAUUGCCAUCGCUGCCUCAUCUGGAUGGGUCGAGGACGAGAAUGCGAAGUCCCACUAUGCCAGUAUGUGGAGCGAAUGUCGAGGAAGGAAUGACCAAUGGGACUGCAAGACUCUUAUGGACAAGCCAUGGGCCCAGGCUGUGGCUGCUCUGAUGAUCAUUGGGCUCAUCAUCCUCAUCAUAGCCUUCAUCAUCUCCUGCAUCGCCCUCUGCUGCACCCUCAACAUCGGCCUCCUGCCUAUUAUCGGAAUCUUGCUCUUCAUUGUUGUGGUUGUCCAGAUCAUCGCCCUCAUCAUCUAUCCAGUCAAGUUCAACAACCUGAUCUUCGAAGGUCACUAUGACUUUACCUGGGCCUACGGCUUUGCGUGGGGCGCCACCAUCCUGACCAUCGGCUGUGGCAUUCUCUUCUGCUGCCUGCCACGCUAUGAGGACGAGCUCACAGGCAUGGCCAAGACCAAGUACAUCUACUCCUCUGCAUAGAGAAGCCGCCAAGCCCUAAACCAUACUGCUUCCUCUACCCACUAACCGUACCCCUUUUCCUCCCCUAACCCUGCCCAUUCCUCUGCCCCUAAUAUACCCCUUCCUCUGCUCCUAACCAUACCCCUAGAUCCAUCCCCUUCUCCCCAGUAGUGUCCUCCCAGUCCCUGGGUGCUAGUGUGGGGUCAGUGUUGUAUUUCUUCUCUAAAAUGGCUGAUGGUAGUGUAGGAUGGUAAAGGACACUUCAGAGGCAUCGUUUUGACUUUGCUGUUGUCGUCUCCUAAGUGGAUGUCCCCCUACGCCCUCCCACACAUUGAUCCGACAGCUUCAAAGUCACAUUCAAACCGUGACGCCGUGGGAUGGGAUUGUCUCAAACGGAUCUGUCUCCAGAUGUCAUUUGGUCAUCGCAAAAAUCACCGAAGUGCACUUAACAACUAGGUAAUCACCCUGUAAUGUCUGAAACAUUUGUAAUAAUGAUGGUUUCUCAAUUACGGGUUAGUUUAAAGAAAUUAUGUCAACUCAUUUCCCCCAGAGGGACCUAGUUCUAGAUUAGACUUCAUUUGUGCUCCAGUUGCAGUCCCCAAGUGUUCCUGCCAGCUAAACCACUUGGUCACAGUUUGUAAGAUAAGUUACAAUGUUGUGGACACCUCUUUACUUCUACAUUCUAUUCGUGCUUGUUGAAAAGAUUUAUUCACUCUCAUCCUAAAGCAUCUUAAAUUCUGCAGAUGAUUGCUUGGUUAGUAUUAAGAAGACUGUCAGUUCUGAGGAGUGAGGGCCAUAGAUAAAUAAAAGGAUGGUUAUAGCCUGACUGUAUGUAUCGCAAGGAAAGACAAUGAAACUGAACUGGAAGAUUGAUUUAGAAUGUAUUUACGUUUUGUUUUGGCCAUUUUGUACAUUUGUGUUUUAUUUUAGUAUGUGUUUUGAUCUUUACUAAAUAUGUUUUUCUUUGAUGAUAAUGGGUAAGACUGUGGGUAUGUGCUGCAUUGUAUACAUUUUAUAUUUUUGAACACAAAUGAUAAUACACUAAUAGAAUAAAUUUGAAAAGUCCAUUCCAUGUGCUUAAAAUCAGUCUGGCUUCAAAACUGUCAACAGCUGACAGAAGACAACAAUAUCAUGAAAAUAAUAAUUCCAUGAAUCUGCAAAAAGGGUUAUUUUUGCAAAAAAUAUAUUGGAUGUUGUCUGUUAGUAGUGGAGCCAGACUAAAUGAGUGCUGUAAGGAAGUCAGUGUAAGGGAAGCAGGUGAGAGAGUCACGGUGUUCAGUAGCACUGUUGGCUUGCUGCUCUCUCACUGUCAGACUUCUGAUGGCUGGCUGGGCGCUGUGCUGUGCGAUGGCAGAAUGUCUAGAAGACCCGUGCCUUAAUUUCUUGAUAAAAACUUGUUGUCCAUGUACUGAAUGCUUUACUAGACAUAUGUCAAUUUGCAGGUCAUUUAAUAUUCAGUGACUGGCGAUGAUAACUUGUUAUUUCCUUUGGUCUCAUAGGCAGUUUUCACCUGUAUGUGUAUUUUUAAGCAAUAAAGAGUUUCUUUCAAAACUAAA